GGACGGCCCAGUGCCGCGUCGCGUGACGAGGUAGGAUUAAGUACACGUUAAGUAGACCAUAACUCAUGAACCUGUUUAAAACUUCUUAAACCACUGAGAAGAAAAGACGCGAGCCAUUGCACGGGGUCGUCUUCAGAAAACCAACACAGAUUUUUGCUACAUCAGAUGUCCGUUUUCAUCACCUUUUUACUGUCAGGGAACAAUAGACUGACCCUGUAGCAUUCGUCACUAGAUGGUAUCUACAUAAAGAGAACAGCACCCCAGAAAGGAAUGUCGGUUUAUGUUAACGCUGAGUAACACCUGAAUUUACGGGAUGGAUUUCUUCGCACUCUUUGGCGGGCAGCAUGGAUCGAGCCUCUGGAAGAAGCUGCGAUUUGAUGAUGAUUUUUGCGACUACCUUAACAGUCGCUACACGGCGCUUAUCCUGCUCACCAUGGCCGUUUUGGUCAGUGCCAGGCAGUACGUUGGCGACCCCAUCAACUGCUGGACACCGAACGAAUUUAACGACCAGUGGAUAAAAUACACGGACGAUUACUGCUGGCUUCAAAAUUCGUAUUUCCUACCGUUCAAUGAAAAUAUCCCAGAGGUCGAUGCCCCGCGCCCUCUCAUAGCCUACUACCAGUGGGUCCCUUUUAUUCUGUUGCUGCAGGCAUUUCUUUUUUAUUUACCCACGGUUGUAUGGCGGCUUCUCAGCGACACCGCUGGGGUUAACAUCCACUCCAUGACAAAAAUGAUCAAUUCCAAAGAUUACCUGAACCCAGAGAAACGGAGCACAACAGUGAAAUUUCUCGUAAGGAACAUGGAUAAAUAUUUCACAAUAAAAAACCAUUUCAAUGGGAAACAUGGCAAAAAGGGGACAAGUACGUGUUGCUUCAUUGGAAAACGUCAUGGAAAUUUUCUCGCAGUUCUUAAUCUAGUAUGCAAGGUGCUCUACGUCACAAAUGCCGUGGGUCAAAUCUUUUUACUCAAUGCCUUUUUAGGCACAGCGUUUCACGUGUAUGGUUUUGACGUGAUUGACGAUUUUAUUCAUAACAGGGAUUGGACAGUCAAUGGGCGGUUUCCUAGAGUGACGCUGUGCGACUUCAAAGUUCGUCGUCUAGGUCACAACGUCCAGCGUUAUACCGUGCAAUGCGUCUUACCCGUUAAUAUGUUUAACGAAAAGAUCUUCAUGUUUCUCUGGUUUUGGUUUGUCAUCGUCUCAGCUGCAACCACCCUCGGGUUUUUCGCCUGGCUUUCAGAUCUUUUACCGAGUAGACGCAGGCAUUUCAUUCGAAAACAUUUAAAGGUGACAGGUAGUUUAUCUCCCGCCGACGCCGAUUUGUGUAACGAAUUUGUCCACGAUUACUUAUAUUUGGACGGAGUAUUUACCUUGAGGCUAAUCGGUAGAAAUUCGAACACGAUUAUUCUGGCUGAAUUCAUAUCUCAGCUCUGGUAUUAUUAUCGAAAAAAAUAUAAGGGGAUACCACUCAUUCCGAAGGACAGUGAUGAAGAAUUGGAAGAGACAGAAAAUGACAAAAAAGAAUCUUUAACAGUAUGAACAGAAGAGAUUAACGGUGAUGUUUGUUACAGUCUGUUAUAUUCAUCGAUCCCAUUCUGAUCUAAAAUAUUGUACAAGAUUUAGAAUAAAGUACUAACUUCAGUUAGUAUAGCUACAUGUAUCUGUAUCAGCAAACAGAAGAGCGGCAGGUGAUGUAAAUAAAAACAGACAGUUUGUAUAAGUAACUGCUCUAACCAUGAAAGAUGUUGUAAGUAAA